AGCCAUUUUGGCUCAAGAGCCGUUUGGGGACCACUGCAGUUGUCAUUCUAAGUGGCAGGUUCGCGCGCGUUAUGACCGAGGCAGCUUUGCCGCCGCUUCGCAUGGUAUCGCCUGGGUUGUACCGCGUGUCGAUUCUGCUUAUGUCUAUGUUUGGCGCCCUUGCAGAGUACGAGGUGGCGGGGGGGGGUUCUGUGGCAGUAAAUUCGGGAGGCACCAGUUUCAAUUCACUCGCGACGCUUGAUGAAGACCGACAGAUGCUGUGCUACGCAGACGAUGCCAAUGGAGGCACAGGCAGCUGCAGGAUCCUCCUCCUCUCUAGCGGCACCAUUGAUUUCGUUGGGGAAUCGCACAUUGUCACCGAUGGCCCAGCCCUGCACAUUUCCGUGGUGACCAUUCCGUCGUCGGGAUUACCGCUUGUCUGCUACGUGGAUGUGGCGGGAUCGUCACGCACCACGUGCAAGGUAAUGUCCACUUCUUGGCCCGAUUCUAUCUCCGUGAGCGUCCCCUAUGUGCUCAACUCCUCAGCCUACAUGGUGGCAGACGUGACACCAUUCGCCGUUUCCACAAUCACCGAUUCUGACGUAGCUUUGAUCUGCCGUGCGGACGAAGUUGGCAGGGGCAUAUGCGCGGCUUUGCGAGUCGAGCCGGAUGGAGGGAUCGCCCCUGCGAGCUCAUUCAUGGACGAAUGGGUCUUCGAUUCGGAUCACAAUUGUAGCGAUAUAUCUCUUCAGGCUUUUCCUUCCAGCCUCGAUGUUUUUCUGCUCUGCUGGAGGGCGGAUGGGGACGGCACCUGUACCCUGCUGUACCUCGAUGACAGCACCCCAUCAUUCACGGACAUCGGCAUCCGUCCCAGCGUGGGGGUCUACGCAAGCACGGCGUCGUCGCCAGCGGCAGCCAAUUACGAGGGGCGGGUCGUGGUUGGCAUUACCCGUAACGAAGGCGUGGUCUGCUACACAGACGGCGUCAGCACAGGCGGGUUUCAGUGCACGCUGCUCAGAUAUAAUACCCCGGAAGUUGGAGGCGACAUCGUGGAUCCGCUGGUCACUGAUUUCGUGGUAGUGAAUACAGUGGUUGUGAACGCGAAUCCGACCUCCUGGAUCGCUGGAACACUCUGGGUGGGCGACAACGAGUCAGCAGCAGCUCUCGUCUGUUAUGCAAUCGAAGAGGGGGUCACGUGCAACAUUUUGCGGACCACUUGGGAUGGCAGUAGUCAUGUGCUCAUUGCUGAUUCCGCCAACUUGGUGAAUGAAGACCCUGUCUCGUCAAUCGCCUUGGGCUCGAGUGGUCAGGUGGGGGACUCCGUCAUUAUUUGCUACUACGGAGAAGUGUCAGGGCAAGGGGAGUGCACGGACUUAGGCAUCGUGUUCGGGACCAUCGCGGAGACCUCUACUACGACGUCCUUGCGCAGCACGACCAUCACAUUAUCGACUCAGUCACCCGCUCCUCUCACGAGCACCUCGCUAACCAUCUCGGCCCAUACCUCCACGACCAUUCUUCCCAUGGGCACGACGACGGAGAGUGCAACGAUCACAGGCGAAUCCACGGAGUUUGUGACGUUAGCGGAUACCGCGAAAGCGGAGGACAUGGCAGUCAUGCAAUUUGUUUCAUCAAAUCAGUCCACUUUAACGGUGACGAUCGAAGGAAUUGAGGUCACGGUUGUCACGGCAGAUCAGGAUAAUGUUGUCGACGAUUGCCUUUUUCUGCCGUAUGUGAGCAAUGUCACUGGCGUGGACAUCAGGCUUCCCACUUCGUUAUUCGAUGCCCUCGGGGUAGAGAGCGUGUUGGCUGUGGUUGCAGAGGUACCUCCCUCCGCCGUCCCCGCGGGCGCUGGCGGCUCAGAAGUGGAGGGCGUGAUCAGCAUCACCCUGAAGUCAAAAGUCGACGGCUCGACCCUGUCAGUGACCGGCCUCGCCAAUCCGAUCCUGAUCGACCUGCCGAACGUGAGCAGUGGCCUCGUAUGCGGCUACUUCGACGAGGACGCUAUGGAGUGGACUUCUGAAGGGGUGGCUACAACGCCGCUCGGCACGGAUGGCACGCUCCGGUGCGCGGUCACGCACCUCACCCUUUUCGGGGCCAUAUUGAAAGGCUUCCUCAGCGAGCUCGAGUGCAGCCAGGUCACUUUGCUGUCGGCGGAGUCCUAUGGGGAGCUGUGGACACUGGACUGGUCGGACUCUGUGGGCUCGGUAAUGCUGCAUGCGGUCUUGUUCAUGUACCUCGCCAUGCUGCUGACGGCGCAUGCGUGUGACGUCAGGGAUGCCAGGGCGGGUUGUUGGGGAACGGCAGAUUUUGUUGUCCCCGAGCGCGUGGCUGGGCAAGUCAUCGAUGACGAACCAAUGACACCAGUCGUCAGAGACCACGCCAUCUCGGCCAUGUCGUCGGGGACGUCGAUCGGCACCGACUCAGCAAACGUCACGCUUACAUUACGCCAACAAUACACCACUCGAGUACGAACUACGGGCACGAAAAGAACGCAUUCAAGUGGCAGGGGCACGGAUGUCGUGACACAGUCACGAGCGGUGGUUGAUGCAGUCAAUGAGGGAUCGAGGGAAUCUUGCGGAGCUACGCUGCAAAGUGUCCUCCUGGAAGUCUGCACGAGCCUCGCCCAGAGCGCAGAGGGGGUCCAGACAGCCAUGGAGAUGUCCGUGCCCUUCACGUGGGGCUGCCUCAGCGGGCGCGUCGGACUCGCCGACGUCGGCGAGGUGCUCGCCGCCUGGAGCGCGAAGCAGCUGGCCUGCGCCUCGCUGCUGAUGCACACCGAAGACCUGGACUUCCUGCUGGGCCCAGAGGUCGAGAGGGAACUGGAGGCGCCGCCCGCCAGGCGAAGUCGAUGACCGGGGGGCCCCGCUGCGGACCCUCGCCGGCGUGGCCGCCGAGGCCGGCGGCGGUGCUGCAAGGGCUCCCUCGAGGGCGCGAAGUUAUUCGCGCUUCGCGCUUCGCGGUCCUCGUUCCUUCUCCCCCUCCUCCUCGUCCUCCUUUUCUCCCUUUGGGGGGGCGGCGCGAGGGCGCGAAGUUAUUCGCGCUUCGCGCUUCGCGCAGCGCGAAGUUGGGAGCCCUAGGUGCUGCCAAGAGGCGCCACGACAUGUUGGCCGAGAUGGUCACCAGGGUGCGGGCGAGCCAGGAGAGCGCCCUGCAGCGGCCGCGCGGAUGGUGCCACACGGCUCGCACGGCGGUGCUCACCUUCUUGAUUCGUUGCCCUCCCUGACUCCAGAUCCGCCC